CAUCCUGUGUGUAAUUGAACUUCCAUAUGUAAUUGUUUUUAAACCACCCAUACCGAGUCUAGUCUUGUAUUAGGUUUGUAACGUGACCAAAAAAUUUUUUAAAAACAUUGUGAGUAAGUUGUAUCGUUGUAACUCUGCUAGUAGUGCACACUUGAGCUAAAAAAAUUGUUAUGAUUAAAUCACCCCUAUAUCAUGAGUUCGAACCUUCGAAUGAGCUUCUUAUAAAGAAAACUUUUAAUGUCUUUCAGGCUCAAUGGCAGGUUAAAAAACAAAUUAGAAUAAACUCUCAAACUAUACAAGUUGCUAAAAUUAAACCCUUAAAAAAUUUUCCUAGGGGUGAAAGUCAGUCAAGGUUAGCUCAAUCUCAAUCUCGACAACAACUAUUAGUUGGAGAUGUCAAUAAAAAUGAUUUAUUUAAGCACUCGACCAGUCCGAUGGAGACUACCAACCGGAUUGGGCUUUUCAGGUUAGGAGAGGGAAUAGAAGGGGUUGAGUCAUGCAUGUAAGAGAGAGAAUGAAUGAGAGCAUAGGGCUCUUGCAUGUGAGAGAGAGAAGAGAAGAAGAGAGAUGAAUUUAGUUGGCGUGGUCUUGCAUAUGAGAGAGAAGGGAAAGGAAAAGAUGGAUUUGGUGGUGGCAUGCUAGAAAGGGGGAGAGGAAGAGUAUUGAAUAUUAAUAAGGAAGAGUCAGUUGUCCCGUGAGAUUAAUCGAGGUGCGCGUAAACUGGCACAAACAUACACAAAUGUAAAAAAAUAAAAGAUAUUAAUGAGGGAGAGAAAUAGAGGGAGAAUACGAACAAAGGAUAGAAGAAUGGCGGAAAAUUGAAACAUAACUAUAAAUGAAGCUAAAGAAAAAAUAUACAAAGAGAAACUGAGUUUAGACGUGGGGUCGUUAGAGAGGUGUACAUAAAAUCUAACCGACCAACGGGUCGAUUUUGUAAUUUCAACAAUCGGUUGGUUGGGACUGACUAACUAACGUCAAAUAUUGAUCCGGUCUAUUCUAGUCUUUUAAUGAAUUAUAAUUAUACCCUUCAAACUUACAAAGUUAUCACAAUUAAACCUCAUCAUUAUCGCUGCAAUGGAAGGAUUUAAUUACAAAAGUUUUGUAAGCUUAGGAGGUGAAAGUUUAAGGAUGGGAUUCCAACCAGUUCUCUAGUUAACGCAAAAUUUCAAUAGAAGUAAUAGGAUUUGAACUAAGCAUCGACUUUGAUCUAAAAAUGAAAAGAAAAGAAAACAUCAAGAGAAUGAUUGGUAAAUCACGUCACAAUUCUUAUCUUCCUAUUUCUGUUCUCAAAUACAUGAGAUUUUCAGUGUCUAAAAAAACAGUCAACGCAUAUGAAAAUUUAUGUUGACAGCACAUCACACUAGAGACUUGCGUAAGAGUUUUAAAUUGAUUUCUUUUUGUUUUCGAAACUAUUAUAGUUUUAAUUAUUGCCAUAGCCAAUAAGGAAAGCCAUUGAAAAUACAGAUAUGUAGACACGAGGAUACCAUAAUUUUCCAAGAAAAAGCAAUCAUAAAAACAUAGAAUUUGGUUUCCACUUAUCUCAAAGGCACUUCCAGCCAGCUUGCAAAAAGUUCCCCCACCAGCCAUGAUCAACCUCUCCACCAUGAUUGCAGCAAUCCUCAUCCUAAUCCUAAGUUUCAUCAACAAAGGUUCUGCAGGUGGAAACUGCAGUUUGGACACCAUUAACAUAGGAACAGAGAGAAGCGGGAGGGAAAUUGGGGGGCAGCCUGAAUGGAACGUGCAAGUGAUCAAUAAUUGCGAUUGUCCUCAGAAGCAAAUCGUGUUGUCCUGCCCAGGGUUUCAGACUACUGAACCCGUUGUUCCAUCGAUUCUGUCAAAGCAGGGGGACACUUGUCUUCUCAUAAACGGUAGCACUGUACAGCCUCGUGCUUCAGUUUCAUUUUCCUACGCUUGGGAUCCCCCUUUCAUCAUGUUCCCUCGUUUCUCUGUUGCUCAGUGUCCUGCCUGAAGCACCAAACAUUAAAAAUAAGUUAUCAAUUUAGUCUGAGUUCCUCUGAAAUUGGAAGGGAAAAUGAUAAUCACUUGUUUUUUUUGUUUGAAAAGAAUUAUAAUUGAUUACAGAUGAUGUCUUCUGCCAA